CUAUACUUUUCCACAUUGGCUGCUCUUCAUUCAUUACUUUAAUUUUUCAUUAAAAAAAAUAUUUGAAUACGACGAGAUGAAGAAGCCUCCCUCCGCCUAGAAGACACGCAAUACCUGUUUUGACCCAACUCCCACCUCACAGGAUUCUUAUUUUGACCCAACUCCCUCCUUUUCAUCACAUUCUCCGUAAGAACACACCAGUAACGACACUUCUCUCAUCUCUCUUCAACUGCCUCAUCUUCAUUUCCCUCCCUUUAUUUUCGACACACAGAUUUUCCUCAACACAAAAUGCGGGGUUCCAAUUUCUUCCAACGUUUUUCUAAAGUUUACCGUGACUACGACUCGCACUUCAAGCUUGUUCUGCUCUGCACCACCGUCAGUGGCGGUGGGCUUUUGGCUUACGGUGAGGCGGUUGCUACAUCUGAAGCGGCGGUGACGGAGAAGAAAAAAAAAGUGUUGGUGCUGGGAACUGGUUGGGCAGGAACUAGUUUCUUGAGGAAUCUCAACAAUCCUAGUUAUGAGGUUCACGUGGUGUCUCCUCGCAAUUAUUUUACAUUCACUCCUCUGCUUCCUAGUGUUACCUGCGGCACCGUUGAGGCUCGCAGCAUUGUUGAACCCGUCCGCAAUAUCUUCAGGAAGAAACAUGUGGACUCUCGAUUCAGUGAAGCAGAAUGUAUCAAGAUUGAUGCCGUAAACAGAAAAGUUUACUGUCGAUCUAAUAUAAACAAUAAUUUGAAUGCAAAAGAAGAAUUUGUUGUGGACUAUGACUACUUAAUCAUAGCUGUGGGAGCAAAUGUCAACACUUUUAAUACUCCCGGAGUCACGGAGAAUUGCCAUUUCUUGAAGGAAGUUGAAGAUGCACAAAAGAUUAGAAGAACUGUAAUUGACUGCUUUGAGAGAGCAAGUUUGCCUAGUGUAAGUGAAGAAGAAAGAAAGAGAAUUCUUCAUUUUGCUAUUGUUGGAGGUGGUCCAACUGGAGUGGAGUUUGCAGCCGCACUUCAUGAUUUUGUUAGGGAGGAUUUGGUCAAGUUAUAUCCUGGAGUAAAAGAUUUUGUUAAAAUUACGCUUCUGGAGGCUGGAGGUCAUAUCUUGAGCAUGUUUGACAAAAGAAUAACAGCUUUUGCUGAAGACAAGUUCCAAAGAGAGGGUAUUGAUGUGAAAACAGGAUCCAUGGUUGUGAAGGUAUCUGACAGAGAAAUUUCCACUAAAGAAAUGAAAAAUGGAGGAGAAAUUACUACCAUUCCAUAUGGAAUGGCUGUCUGGUCUACUGGCAUUGGCACUCGUCCGUUCAUAAAAGAUUUUAUGACACAAAUUGGUCAGAUUAACAGACGUGCCAUAGCUACUGAUGAAUGGUUGAGAGUUGAGGGAACCAACAAUGUGUAUGCGCUUGGUGAUUGUGGUACAAUAAACCAGCGAAAAGUCAUGGAAGAUAUUGCAGCAAUAUUUAAGAAGGCUGAUGCAGAUAAUUCAGGAACACUUACUGUCAAAGAAUGUCAGGAGGUAAUUAAUGACAUCUGUGAAAGAUACCCUCAGGUGGAGCUAUAUCUAAAGAGUAAACAGAUGCACAGCAUUGCUGAUCUUUUGAAGGAAUCCAAGGUAGAUGAUAAAAAAGAAUCUAUUGAACUGAACAUUGAAGAACUCAAAACUGCACUUGCCAAUGUGGACUCCCAGAUGAAAUUUCUUCCUGCUACGGCUCAGGUUGCAUCUCAGCAAGGCACCUACCUGGCCAAGUGUUUUAACCGGAUGGAAGAGUGUGAAAAAAACCCAGAGGGUCCUAUUAGGUUCAGGGAAGAAGGGCGUCAUCGGUUCAAACCCUUCAGGUACAAGCAUUUAGGUCAAUUCGCUCCUCUAGGAGGAGAGGAGACAGCUGCACAACUACCUGGAGAUUGGGUUUCAAUUGGACACAGCAGUCAAUGGCUGUGGUAUUCUGUCUAUGCAAGCAAACAAGUCAGCUGGCGCACAAGGGCGUUAGUAGUAUCAGACUGGAUGAAACGCUUUAUUUUUGGGAGGGACUCGAGUCAAAUCUGAAGGACAUUUAACAUUCUCCAGAGUCCUGCAAUGGCAAUAUUGAAGUGCUCUUCAAUCACGAAUAUAUUUUAAUAUAGGAAACUUUCUGCUUCGAUUUCCGAUUCUUUGAAUAACGCAAGCAGGCUCUCAGCUGGAAUGUCGGUGUUGGGAUUUGUUGUCAUGCUUUGCCACUUUUAACUUCUUGUAUGAAUUUCUUACAUACCCCUUUCCUUUUUCUUUUAUGCUUCUGGUAUUGGAAUUAUGGCAUUAGUAGAUCUCCGAGUUUUGCAGUCUGUUUCGGAGAUGCUUUGGGAUGUUAGCUUGUCAUGUCAAAUCCUUUUUUGUUAUAGUUCUGCUCAAUGAAUUUAUACAACUGCUUACCUGGAAUGAACGGGUAGAAUGAAUAAUCACUUUAGUACAUUAUCUUGUUUCUUC